GAAGAGAGGGAGCGGCAGACGAAACUUUUGCUGUGGAUGAUUUCACAAGUUAAGAGAAGCUCAACCAGCCAGUAUUUUGCUGUUUUAGUCGAGGCUGCAUUGUUGUCCAAAGAAUCCCGCAAAAAACGAGCGAAAACCUCCCUGACGAGGCAAGGAGGGUUUUCCCCCUCAGGAUCCUUCAAGCAGAGAUGACGCUUCAAUGGACUGCUGUAGCCCUCUUUCUCUAUGUGGAGAUGGGCGUUCUGGUCAUCCUCUGUUUACCCUUCAUUUCAGCCAAGAGGUGGGUGAGUAUUUUCCAUCUGAGGAUUUGGGGCUUUAUGUCAAGGUUCUGGAACAAAGUGUUUCUCACAAUGAUCAUCAUACUUAUCGUUCUCUUCCUUGAUGCUGUGCGUGAGGUGAGGAAAUACUCGGCUAAAGAGGUUGGCACAGAUGCCAAGCUCCAACCCAACAUGUUUGAUCACCUGCACAUGAAGCUGUUCAGAGCCCAGAGGAACCUCUACAUCUCUGGCUUUGCUGUCUUCCUCUGGCUGGUCAUGAAGCGAGUGGUCACCUUGAUUAACCAACUGGCAGCAGUGUCUGCCAGCACGGCUGAUCUUCAGGGACAGGCUGACAGUGCAAACCAGACUGCUAAGAAGUGCAUGGAGGACAACGAGAUGCUGAAACAGGCUCUGAUGGGAGGAAAGGGCGAUAAGGCUACAGCAGAGGGCAUGGAGCUGUUGAGGAAAGAAGUGGAAAAACUGAAAGUAGAACUGAAGACCUCCGCAGAAGCUCUGAAGAACUCUGAAUCUGAGGCCGACGUGAUGAAGAAGCAGACGGAAAGCCUCGCUCGAGAGUACGACCGACUGUUGAACGAACAUCAGGAACUCCAGAAUCUUCAAGACAGUGGGGACAAAAAAGAGGAUUAGUUAAUCGUGAAAUCCUUCUAAUGCUUAAUGUUUUCACACAGAAUGAGUCACUGCAACACAUAUUUUACUCCAUUAUGACACCUUGUUGUCACAGUACACGUCACACAAUCAGGACUGGCUCUCUGCGGCACAGACUCUGGAUUAUAUGAGUAAUGGUUUGAAAUAGAAUGAGUCAUAUGUUUUCUGUUUGUGCUUGGCACAGUGCGACAGAGACGGUGGCUUUACAAGGUGACACUGUGUGGUGCACGUUAAUUGAAGGUAAUUGGAGAAGAAAAAAGAAAAGUCAGUAAUGGAUGCAGGUCUGAUCGAGCAGCUCUUAAAAAAAGUAUGACAGCCUUUUGAUGUUUAGUGGCAUUAGUCAGGUGUUCAGUGUGGAGCGCAAAACUUCGCGUGGCGCUUGAAGGCUUUUAUUUUGAAAAAUGGCUAUGAAUGUAUUUUGAUACUAUGGCUUUGCUUUUUUUUUUGUUAAUUCUGGAUGUAGCACAGACGCCUGCCACGCCCACUUCAGCAUGUCAAUGUUAUCUAUGCUUGCAGGGCUGUUUGCAUGUACAGGUACACUUUGACACCUCAUCCUUACAUGUUUAUAUUCCACCUUAUGUGUUUGUUUUUUUAACCAAAUUAGGGUUGGUGAUAGAUAUGUUUGUUGUUCACAUCAUUCGUUUGGUGAUGAUCUGGUUUGACAAAUAAUGUGUAGAGAAGACACCAGUUUGAACUACAUAUAGUCUUAAUUUAAGUUUAAUGUAAGUUGAGGUGAAAGGUCAGCGUUUAAAUUAGUCUAUUGCAUGUUUCUAAACCACAGAAGUUCCACAUUGUUGUGUGUUUGCUGCACUGUGUUUUACGUUUUUAUUCGAUUGGUUAUUUGGAGAGAUGUUGAAAAAAGGGGGCUGCUAAAUUUGUAUGUUUCUCUUAUUCUGACUUUCACUUUGAGAAAAAAACAAGGUUGAAAUCAUCAUAGGCCUCCAUGUUCCCCUCUUUAAGAUUGAUGAGUAGGUUAUUGGAUUCACCACAGGUUAUGUGGUCUUAAAAAUGUGUCCUGAGGUAAGCUUGUAUUCCUACACACCUACACAGAAAUCACAUUGAAGUGCCUUUUGGGUGGAUGUUGCACAGUUUGCUAAAUAAAAGCUUUUUUCUUUA